AUGGUUUCAGGAUCUUCUUCUUCUCCAUUAAUGUUCUUGGGCACCGUGGGAGUUGAUCAUAUGAAUCCCAUGACGAAUUCUCGACAAGAUUCCAACUUCGUUCUACCAACUGCAUUACCACCAGCCCAGCUUCAUCACCAUCUAAUUGCUCCUGCUGAUCAAACCAUGAUACAUGGACCCUCAUGCAAGACAGACCCAGAAACAGAAGUAGCAAUAGCAGUAUCUCCCAACACUCUACUGGCUGAUGGAAACAGGUUCAUUUGUGAUAUAUGCUACAAAGGGUUCCCAAGACAGCAGAACUUGCAACUCCAUGGAAGAGUCCACAAUCUUCCUUUCAAGCUCAGGGCUAGAAGGGGUGUGGUGCAAAGAAAGGUGUAUCUAUGCCCAGUGCCCACCUGUGCCCAUCACAACCGUGCUCGUGCAUUAAGUGAUUUUGGUGGUCUCAAGAAACAUUAUUUGCGAAAACACAGUAAUGAGAAGAAACACGAGUGCAACAGCUGCUCCAAGAAGUAUGCUGUUGAGAGCGACCUGAAAGCGCAUUUAAAGAUUUGCGGCAAGAAGAAGUACAAUUGUUCUUGUGGCGCUCCGUUUUCAAGGCAUAGCCAUUUCGCUUUUCACCAAGCAUUUUGUGAUGGACAAGAACAGGAGGAUGCAUCCAAACAUCCACCAACAUCCGACGUGGGAAACAGCUCAGUUGGAAGCACUAGCAAUAACAACAGCAGCCUCAUAGGAUCACCUACGUUAGAUCUACCAACAUUAAACAUGGGAGAAAACAAUAACAACAACAGCUCUAGCAAUGACAACAGCAGCAGCGUUAUAGGCUCAACUACGCCACCUCUAGAUCAUGAGAGCCUCGUGACCCCAGACCCUUCCUUGGGUUUAAACUUGAUCGAAAAUACAGCUGCUUUCUUUUCUCCAUCACCAACUCCACAAAACCAACUUCAGGGAAAAUUUGGCACAGGGUUUUACACAAAUCUUCUGAUGAACACCAACCCUUACAACAACUUGGAUCUUAACAGUAUCGCAUUUAUGGGAGAGGGUGGCAUUUAUGGAAGUGAAGAAGCUGGAGCGAACUCAUUUACAGGUGGAGGUAUAAUGUUGGAUCAUUCAAGUUCUCUACAUUCGACAUCAGUUGUGUACAAAGCAACUUUGAGGGAACAACUCUCAACCCCCCAACUAUUUCUGAAUGAUGAUGUACUUGGCUUCACUUCUAGAAACAACAAAUCUAACAUGGUUCAAGGCCAUAUAAGCUCUUCCUCUAGUGGCGUUGGUGGAUUUAUGAUGCCGCAAGAGCAUAGUGCUUUCGGGAGCAAGUACUUGGGCAUAGCAAAUAAUAUUGGAUACAACACAAUCCCGAAUGAGCUCCAGAAUCCUGUAAAUGGCAAUGAUGUUGGAUCCGCUAUUUUCAACCAUGAUGUUGGUGGUAGUUAUAUGCAAGGGGGCUACUAUGGUUUUGGUGAUGGCAACAACCACCAUGACUAUUAA